AUGGGUGACCGCGAAAAGACAAUGUACGGAUCCACGCUUUCGCUGGAGUCCAUGAAGGUAAUCGCCGAAAGCAUCGGUGUGGGCAGUCUUCCGGAUGAUGCUGCUAAAGAGUUGGCCGAUGAUGUGUCGUACAAGCUGAAACAGAUUGUGCAAGAUGCCGCCAAAUUCAUGCACCACUCGAAGCGCAUGAAGCUGUCAAUCGCUGAUAUUGAUCACUCGCUGAAGGUACGCAACAUCGAGCCGCAGUACGGGUUCGUGACACCGGACUUCAUUCCUUUCCGGUUCGCUUCCGGCGGGGGGCGCGAAUUGCACUUUAUCGACGAGAAGGAAAUCGAUCUAGCCGACAUGGUGCAGGGACAACCGCCAAAGAUUCCGCUCGAACCAUCUCUGCGAGCUCACUGGCUCGCGGUGGAAGGCGUGCAGCCAACCGUGCCUGAAAAUCCACCUCCGCUGUCUAAGGACGUACAGGCGUUGGAUUCCGCGAACCCGGCGCAUAAACUGGACAAAACCAACCAAAAGGACACCACUGGCAAACCGACAAUUAACAAGCACAAACUAAAGAAUUCCGAAACCGUCCAGGUUAAGCAGCUGGCCCAGCACGAGCUCUCCGUUGAGCAGCAGUUGUACUACAAGGAAAUCACCGAAGCCUGCGUCGGUUCGGACGAGGCACGUCGGGCGGAAGCUUUGACAUCUCUGUCCAGCGAUCCAGGCCUGCACGAGAUGCUACCGAGGAUGUGCACAUUCAUCGCGGAAGGUGUAAAGGUGAACGUUGUGCAAAACAACCUCGCGUUGCUGAUCUACCUCAUGCGGAUGGUUCGCGCUCUUCUUGACAACCCUGCGCUGUAUCUGGAGAAAUACCUGCACGAGCUUAUUCCAUGCGUUUCGACGUGCAUCGUUUCGAGACAGCUAUGCAUGCGCCCGGAACUCGACAAUCACUGGGCAUUGCGUGACUUUGCGGCCCGCCUGAUGGCCCAGAUCUGCAAAACAUUCAACACUUCGACAAACAAUCUGCAGACGCGCGUGACGCGUUUGUUUAGCGCUGCGCUUCAGAACGACAAAACGCCUCUCUCGUCGAUGUACGGUGCCCUCCAGGGUUUGUCCGAGUUAGGCACGGAGGUGAUCAAAGUAUUCAUAAUACCACGUCUGAAAUUCAUCUCCGAGCGCGUCGAACCCCUGCUGCAAGGCACCACCAGCAACAUCAGUAACACUGACAAAAUUGCCGCCGGGCACAUUCGGGCGAUGUUGCAAAAAAACGUCCCGGCAAUACUGAAGAGCCUGCGCAACCCACCGGAUCUGGUUGAGGAUUACAAGCGUGACUACGGAUGUCUUGGGCAAACGUUACACCAGGGUGUCGUGAAAGCGCGAUCCGCUUCUCCAUCGUCCGGGACAUCCGGUGGAACGACAGGCGGUGUUGGCGGUCAAACGGGUCCAGGUGCUCCACCGGUAGCAACCUCGAUUACCGUGAGCUCGAGCGGCAACAGUAGCAACACGGUCGUUCUUACGCCAGCCCCACCGAGACCACAAACUCCGCAGGCUUUGGUGACGAAAACGAUACCGGCGACGGCAAUCCAGCGACCGGUGGCAACCGGUGGUUCUGCAGCCGUUCUCACUUCUACUGGACAAGUGUCGCAGCAAAAGUUCGUAAUCGUGCCUCAGCGAACACAAACGCCUUCUCCGUCGCAAGACGAUUUUGUAGGUCCCAUCAUCCAGCGACGAGCUAGUGGAUCGAGUGGAACCACGUCUACUAUUCAGCUGCAAUCGAACCUCAUCAAACUGGAACCUGUACCGGGUGGUACGCUCACGGGGACAGCAAAUCCGGGCUCCGCUAUCGGGCAGAAGGUGGUCAUCAUAAACCAAGCCCCAUCGGGACCAACCGCGAACAUAAUCGCCAAACCAGCGGCAUUUCUUCCUACCACCGGCGGCAACGGUCACGAAAGCCAUGACGAUGUCAUACAAGUCCCGCCCGAGCUGGAUGAUCUUUCGCACUUAGAAUGAGCCCACUAGAACGCGCGCGUACGCGGGGACCUAUUGCGUUUCUAUUUCUUUCUACAUCGUAUUAUAAUAACAGAGGCACACCGGGUGCAAACGGUCAACCUGCUC